UAUUCCUGACUUUGGUAGAACCAAAAACUUACAAUAUCAAAAGAACUCAUUAAUUCUUCCCCCACUCAAAUUCAAAGCUUUGCUCUAUCUCUUUCAUUAACACUUCUUUCUUUCUUCUUCUUUUUAUCACUCUACAGCCAUGUUUGGCUUUCUUAUUCUUAUGGGCGGCUCAAUAAUAUUAGUGUCCAAAGCCAAAGUUUAAUGGGACUACUUGUUCGAGAACCUAUCUAAACCCAAAAAGCUCUUUUCUUCGACCCAUUUGCCCAUUUCAUAUAUCCGACCCGACCCAAUAUGUACAAGAACCAGUUACAAGAGUUAGCACAGAGGAGCUGUUUCAAUUUGCCCUCUUACGUAUGCAUAAGAGAAGGUCCUGACCACGCGCCGCGUUUUAAAGCUAUCGUUAACUUUAACGGCGAGAACUUUGAGAGCCCUCACUACUGUACCACUCUCCGUCAAGCUGAACACGCUGCAGCUGAAGUUGCCCUUAACGCCCUCUCUAAUCGUGGCCCUUCUCACUCCCUUGCCGCGCGUAUACUCGAUGAAACAGGCGUCUAUAAAAAUCUAUUACAGGAGAUAGCGCAAAGAGUCGGAGCUCCUUUGCCUCAGUACACAACAUAUAGGUCGGGACUUGGGCACCAACCCGUUUUUACAGGAACAGUAGAAUUGGCUGGAAUCACAUUUACUGGUGAACCCGCAAAGAACAAAAAGCAAGCUGAGAAGAAUGCUGCCCUCGCAGCUUGGUCAUCUUUGAAACAAUUGGCACAACAAGAUGCAAGUUCAUCGUCUGAAUCAGAGAACAAUGAUGAGCAGGAACAGAUCAGAAUAGCAAGGGCUUUAAUAAACUAUCGUUUGAAGGAAAAGUUAGAAAUGGCCAAAUUCGGCAAUGUCUCAAUACCAUUCCAGAAGAAGUUUCCAAUUCCAACUCCUCGACCAUCUAGUCCACAACGUCCUGCAGCUACUACAUCCAAACUCCUCCCCUUAAUCUGCCCAAAAACAGUUACUCGUUACAGAUCAUCAUCCUCCACGACAAUAAAUGACAGCAAUUCCUCAUUUUCACAGCCUAUGCCACAAUCACAGGCUUCAUCAUCAGAAGGCCGCGCAGCUCCAUAUAUGCCAGUUAGACCAUAUAGGACACCUUACCGUGGUAUUGCUCCACCUGUUACAAUAAGAACAGCAGUGCCAGUUUUCUCUGCUCCGCCUCGUCCACAACCUACUGGAUGUACGCCUCAAAUGAUGCAAGCCCGACCUGUUCGAGUUGCACCACCUGUCUGUGUUAGGCAGGCUAUCCCAGUAUUUUCUGCUCCACCAGCCAAAAAGGAAACCGUGGCACAUGCUACAACGCCAAGUAAGCCAUUAGCUCAGCCCGAGGAAACUGAGGCACGAGCUACUAUGCCAAGCAAGCCGUUAGCUCAGCCCGAGGAAACUGAGGACAAUUCUGGCACUGAGGUUGAUGAAUCAACGGCAAUGAAGUGCUUGGAGGAGCUCAGUUUAUGACAGUGGCUUGGUCCUUUGAGUCUACCAAUACCUAUGUCAAACAUUUUUGUGUCUACUUUUAAUGCUUGGUGGUUUAACAGUCAAUGGAAAUGAAAUGCUUCAAAGAAUGAUAGUUACCGGGACAUAGUUAAAUCUAUUUAUAUCUGUGUUAACAUUUCUGUAUCUACUUCCAUUUUCUUUUGUUUGAUCCCCUUCCCUAUUUUCAGUGUC